UGAGGCGCUUGAUCUGAAUUCUAAAGGGGCUUGUUGGAUCUAAUAAAAGCAGCUAUUGUAUGUAAAUUAUUCACACGAGCAUAUGACUCCGACUGUGCAGGGCAGUGGCUAGUGUGAGAGAAAUCAUUAGCAAUGCAAACGCAUGGUGUUCUGGUUCACAGAUUCACUAAUGGGAAGAAUUCCAUCUAUACUGAUGGUAACUCAAUUGUUUCUGGGCGUGUUUGUGCACUACUUCUACUGAAGACCUGGAAUCGAAAAUGAACUGGGCGUCCUUUUAUGCCGUCAUCAGCGGUGUAAACAGACACUCCACGGGCAUUGGUCGCGUCUGGCUCUCUGUCCUCUUCAUCUUCCGCAUCCUGGUCCUGGUGGUUGCAGCAGAGAGUGUGUGGGGUGACGAGAAGUCUGGCUUCACCUGUAAUACCCAGCAGCCCGGCUGCAACAGCGUCUGUUAUGACCACUUCUUCCCCAUCUCACAUAUCCGUCUGUGGGCCCUGCAGCUAAUUCUGGUGUCCACCCCAGCCCUGCUGGUGGCCAUGCAUGUGGCCCACCGCCGACACAUCGACAAAAAACUCUACAAGCUGUCUGGCCGGGCCAACCCCAAGGACCUGGAGCAAAUCAAGACCCAGAAGAUGAAGAUUGCAGGUGCACUUUGGUGGACAUACAUCAUCAGCCUCUUCUUCCGCAUCAUCUUUGAGGUAACCUUCAUGUACCUCUUCUACAUGAUCUACCCUGGCUAUAAGAUGAUCCGGCUGGUCAAGUGUGACUCGUACCCCUGCCCCAACACAGUGGACUGCUUUGUGUCCAGGCCCACAGAGAAGACCGUCUUCACUGUGUUCAUGCUGGCUGUGUCAGGGAUCUGCAUUCUACUCAACAUCGCAGAGGUCGUCUUCCUAGUGGGAAAGGCCUGUAGUAGGCACUUAAGCAAUGCUGGAGACUCAACCAUGGGAGCAUGGAUCACCCAAAAGCUCUGCUCCUACUAGAACAAGCUACAUGGACCAACACUGUGUAACUGUAAUUGGGCACAUAUGUUCAAAGCUCAAAGUAAUGGCCUUAACAACAUUAAUUAAUGAGGUGUUCACACUUUUUCUAUACUUUUCAAAUAGAUAUGACUCAAAGGACAAUUUCAGUUUGGAUAUAGAACAAAAUCCAGAAGAGGAGACUGAAGAAAAGUAUGGUAAACUGAUUUAUUAACAGUCCCUUGCCUUGUAACGUCUCAAAUUUAGCUGAAUUCAAUAUGCAGUCACCUUCGAUAUGCUCUGCAAGAUUCAAGCAACUAAACCGACUCAUCAUCCAUUCUGUAUUAUGAUUCAUAAAUAGUUUUCAAUUCCUGAUAGACAUUUUAAUCACUGAUAAUGUGGUAUCAUUAGGACAAAGCAUUGGUACCCCUGGUUUAUUAUAAAUAGUAACCCAAGAAAACUGUCCAAGUGAUGAAUUUAACCAACAUUUGGUGGUUGUGGUGGAGUAUUACUAAUAACUAUGAGGCUAUUCCAAAGCACUACUAAUAACUACCUCACUUUCAUAGUGAAAUAUCAAGUGCUUCAAGACAUCCACAUAGUGUUUUGAAUGCUAUGAAUGAGACUGAUUAUGCAAGUGUAUAGAGUAAAAUAGAAUAGUGAAUGAGAAAAUGUGCUUAGUUGAAGUUAAAAUGAAAGAACCAAAUGAUUAAUUUUCAUGUCUAUCUCAUUAUUUUUCUUACUAGAUACUGCAUUGCUGCUUUAAAACUAUUGUGUGCGUGAGAGAAAGGAUGUUUAGAAUCUGUGGUACUGUAAAGUGUUUACAUCACAUAUAAGGGAUUACAAAAACGGUAACUGUAAUCCGUUACAUUACCAGCAAAAAAAUAUUGUAAUCAGAUUACAGAUACUUUUGAAAAACUAGAUGAUUCAAUUAAAUUAAAUUCAGAAGAGAUUUGAGAAGAAGAAAAUAUUUGACACUUCUCUGUUUUCUCAAUGAAAUUCAAAUAAACAUUGAAAAAAGGCGCAAAUGUAAAUUUGUUCCACAUGAGCGAGUCUGACCAGAAGUCAGAUACCACUAUGAUAACAAACCAAAUGGGUUUGAUGGAUCGCUGUAAAAGAGCAGGAACAGGCUUUUGUAGGCUACAGUCCAAGCUAUGUCUUCCAAUGGUGCAAUUUCUGUCGGCAUCCAAAUAUUAUCUAACUUGAAUAAACGUUUGGAGGUAAGGAUGACAGCAGUGGUGUAGUCUACUGCGAUACGGAUAUCACAAAUUAUUGUUAUCUGCGGAGCGCAUUGAUGUGAAUCACACUGCUGCUCUCUUAUUUAGCUAUUUGCGUUUUACGGAUUGUGGUUGUUGUGGAUGGCUGUUCGCAAAUCUAAAUGUGUAUUUGAACCCAAUAAUGGUUGAAUUCAAGAAGUUUAAGCUGCCUAUCAAUCAUUGUUUUUGAAAACAGUGGACAGCCAGUGAAAAAUGCGCUCUUGCAACAGCUGUACAGUGCGGAUCCCAGCCUAUGGAAUUGAAAGUUAAGCUCUAUUUUUUAACCUUCAAUUAACUAGGCAAGUUCAAUGACUGUCCAGGAACAGUGUGUUAACUAACUGUCUUGUUCAGGGGUAGAAGGACAGAUUUUUUAACUUCUCAUCUCGGGGAUUCGAUUUUACAACCUAUAUUUUCAAGAUAUCAAAGUGUCACCAACAAAAAAAUAAACAAUUGGAGUAUAGCAAAUGCAGCAUAUGGCAUUCAUUUUUAACAUAUACAUAGCACUUUUCAGUAGUGCUCAAAGCAUGCAAUUUCAUGAGCGCAGCAUUUAUUUUUACAUUUAAAUCAAUGAGCCCAAUCAGUCCUCCUGACAACAAAAUCAUAAACAACAGAGUAGGGUUUGCUAAUAAGUCCUUAGUUUUGGGGUUAUGCUCAGGUUAAACUAUUUGGCUAAUCUAUACUUCCAUAUUUCCAAGUCCUAUUCUUGAAGAUCAAGGGGUAUAGCAUCUAUUAGAAAGGCUGGAAUUCUGAUAGACUUUAGUUUUUAAUGUAAAGAUAUCAUUUAAUUGUAUUAUUAUAAUGUAGUAGAAAGCGAUGUGUUAGAAAAAGCCUACAUAACCAACGCAUAAAGUAAAAUGUAACAUCCAUAUAUGGUCAGCUAUGUAAACUUUAACAUUGAUUUAUCCUGCAAUAGAUGUGGUUCAAUUAGUAACAUACAUUUUUGUCUUCUUCUAAUGCCUCUUAAGGGGAAACUCAUCUAAAAGUAGCUGAAUGUAAUCAGAUUACAUUACUGAGUUUGGGUAAUCCAAAAGUUACGUUACUGAUUACAAUUUUGGACAGGGAACUAGUAACUGUAACAGAUUACAUUUAGAAAGUAACCCAACCCUGAUAGUAUUUUAGUUCCUGUUUUGUUGUAUACCAUGCCUUGUUAUGUUGAAUGUCUUGCACAUAUUUGUAUUACUGUAGCUAAUAUAAUUAGACAUUCCUAAUAAAACACUUGAGUUAUA